AUAACUGCAUAUUCUGUUCCAGUGUUCAAAACACACACUGACACUGUGACACACACAAACAAGCUUCUUAUACUUCUUGUUGCUUGCUUGCUCUCUCAAUAACAUAGCGAAUACAAUGGAAAUCACUGAAGACAUUGUGAUUGUCGGAGGUGGGAUCGCUGGUCUUACAACUUCCUUGGGACUUCACAGAUUGGGAAUUAGGAGCAUGGUACUGGAGUCGGCAGAUAGUUUGAGAAUUACAGGAUUUGCAUUCAUGGUGUGGAGUAAUGCCUGGAAGGCAUUGGAAGCCUUAGGCAUUGCUGAUUCCAUUCGUCGACAGCAUAAACAGCUUCAAGGGGUAGUGGCUACCUCCUUAGAGACAGGUGCUGCCUCAGAAUUGUCAUUUGAGCCAAGUGCAACUCAGAAAGGGCAUGAAGUAAGGUGUGUGAAAAGGAAGAUAUUGAUGGAAACUCUUGUCAAGGAACUGCCUAGUGGUACUAUUAGGUUUUCCUCCAAGGUUGUAUCUAUUGAGUCCGGACACAUAAAACUACUUCAUCUUGCUGAUGGAACCAUUAUCAAAGCUAAGGUGUUGGUUGGAUGUGACGGGGUGAACUCAGUGGUGGCAAAAUUCUUGGGACUGGAAAAACCGGCUUUUGCAGGCCGGUCUGCCUUUAGGGGAUAUGCAGAUUUCGAUGAUGCUCAUGAGUUUGAGCCCAGAUUUGUGCAGUAUUUUGGUCAAGGUGUCAAAUAUGGAUUCCUUCCAUGUGAUGAUCACACUGUUUAUUGGUUCUUCACUUACACCCCCUCUCGAAAUGACAGGGAGAUGGAAGAGGAUACACACAACAUGAAGCAAUAUGUCUUGGACAAUCUUGGAGAAGUACCAGAAAAGAUAAAAAGUGUUAUAGAAACUACUAAACUUGAUGGUAUUGUAUCCUCUCCAUUGAGGUUUAGACACCCAUGGGAGUUGCUGUGGGGAAAUAUUCACAAAGACAAUGUUUGUGUAGCUGGUGAUGCUCUCCAUCCAAUGACACCGGAUCUAGGACAAGGCGGAUGUUCAGCAUUGGAGGAUGGCAUUGUUUUAGCUAGGUGUUUGGGCGAGGCCUGGAAGAAAAAAUCGAAUGGCAAAGAGGGGGAGGGAAGUGAGGAUAAUGAAGGUAUGAGGAUCAAAAUGGGAUUGAAGAAGUAUGCAAAUGAGAGGAAAUGGAGAGGCUUCAGUCUCAUUAGUACAGCUUAUUUGAUUGGGUUUUUGCAGCAAAGUGAUGGGAAGUUGAUCAGCUUUGUUAGAGAUAAAUUGUUGGGUGGAUUAUUGGCAGGGCUGCUAAUGAAGAGAGCUGACUUUGAUUGUGGAAAUCUCAGUGCCACUGCUUGAGGAGUAUUUAUUUACAGUAUUGUGUAGUCAACUUGUAAUUUGGAUGUCCUUAAUAAGAAGAUGGAAUGUUGUGUGUCAGUUUUAUUUCCAGCUAAAUUUCAUUGCUCAAUGAAUGAAAAAUGUUUACAUCUUCUGAAUUUCA